AUUAUAUAAACAUCGACUACAGAUCCAACAAGACUGGACAUACUUGUAUUCUAUCACAGCCCUUUUGAUGGUAGAAAUUAAGAUUAACCCCCUGUGGCUCGGGGGGAUCAGAAUACGGCCACGGUAACCCCUGCCUGUCGUAAGAGGCGACUAAAAGGGGAAUGUAAAGGAGCGAGUUAGACAGUAAGAACUAAAAGUAAUGCAAAAAUGCAAGAAAGAAAAUGUAGCAGACAAAAAUAAAAAUAAAAAAUAUUAAAAUAUUAAAAUUGCGCGGGAAAAGGACUGGCAGGAAUGCAGCGUUCAUUGGGCAGAAAGGGACAGCGAAGUCCCUAAAGCACGCCACCCUCACGUCAAUUGAUUUGACAAAAAGAGGGAAAAAUUAAAUUAAAUUAAAUUAACCACCUUUAUUACUUUACUUAUACAACUGAGAGGAUAUAAUUUUUACUUUUAAUAGCUAAAUAUCGCUAAAGUCAAGUUCACGCGAUAGUACAACACUAUUAAAAGUUAAGCUCACAGCACAGCGUAACAAUACUAUACUAAAGAGGAACCUCUAGCUCUAACUAUUAUACUUCAGGAAUGUGCUUAUAAAGAUUAUAUUCAGGCACCAACAUAUUGGUUCUAUAAAACCGUUAAUGACGAGAGUAUGAAUUGUUAAGAAAAAUUACAUAAAUGUGAAAUUGUGAACUGCACAUGCACGUGAAUACGAUUCAUGAACACAUGGUAUUAUAUGCAACGGGUAACGACUACUGUAAUAACGUUAGAAAAAUUAGAAACAGUGUUUCAUUUAAUAUUAGUAGACAUGUAGUUCGCAUUAUUCAAGAAACGUUUUGUGAUUUAAUUAAACCAACAGAUUCAUUUUAAUUAACUAAGGUUAAUAAUAAACUCAUUUGUUCCAUGAUUUCCCUACUGAAGAAUACGUUAACAGAAAAUGACAGUAUUAGAAAUAGAAGAAGACACAGAUAAACGUUCAGUUCCUCCUAGGAAGAAAAUUUGUUUAUCCCUUUCAGGUCGUGAACGUAUACUUAGCAACAUUUCUCAGGUUCCUAAGGCUUUGAACAGAGAGAGCCUUGUGAAUAAAGAUACUUUUACAUAUAGUACAAGCAAAAUGUUGAAUGGCUACCGUAAUCAACUGAGUAAUCACCAAGAUGGAAGUUACGAUGUGUCAAGUAGUGGUACAGAAGGAUUAAGAAUAGCUACAUUGUGUAAUUUAGGAAAUACAUGUUUCUUAAACAGUGUGAUAUAUACUUUACGAUUUGCACCAUCUUUUUUACAUAAUUUACAUCACUUAGCCACCGACUUGUCUAAUUUAAAUGAUAAGCAACUUCAAGUUAAAAUAAAAUCAUCAUCUUUGGGUGGAACUGGUGCAUCACUUACUUCAAGCAGCAGUCGUAGUUGGAGUAGUAAAGAUUUGUUAGCUCUAGCUGGAUCUGCCGGAGAUAACAAUAAACACAGAAUACAAAUAGCAACUGAAAAAUUACACGAAUUAUUUAUGGCGUUACACGCGGCCGAAGUGAAAGAGAACAGUGAACCGUAUCAACCAGAUGCAUUUUUACAAGCUCUUAGAGAAGUGAAUCCUAUCUUUGAAGGAAAUCAGCAACAGGAUGCUCACGAACUUUUAGUGUGUUUACUUGAUAAUAUCAGAGAAACUUUUCACUUGUUAGUCAGACAUAGAGAAAGUCAAUUUGGACAAAAUAGUGACGGAUUAUCAAAUUUGUCUACAGACCAUUCAGUAGAUAUACAAUCAGAGGAUAGUAAUUCGAAUAAAAGAAGUAUUCGAAAGUUUAGAAAAAAGAAAAAAAUAACAACAAGAGGAAGUUCUUCUUGUCUUGUACAGCCAAAUUUGAAUGGUGUAUCAGUAUCUUCUAGACCAUACGAAAAUAUGAAAUAUUAUAUGAAAUAUUGUAUGAAAUACGAAAACGGUCAUGCCGAGUUUACGGAAAGUAAUGGAGAUGUUGGCAGUCAUAGACCUGAGAGUAAAACGUGUUUCAUUUCUGAAGAUUUCGAAGGAGUUAGCCUUUUACAAACCACAUGCCUUGAAUGUGAACAUGUUACCGAACGAAAAGAAACAUUUUGCGAUAUAUGUGUGCCUAUUGAUAUUGACAGGUCCAGCGAAGAAGACGAAGAAGUAAGAUCAAUGGAUAGUAGUGAAGUAUACAGGCGAGCAGUAGUUACUAGUGAACUUCUAUGGGGUAGAGAUAAAUAUUGGUGUGCUCGUUGCCUUCGGUAUAACGAAGCUCGAAGAGCAGUAUGUUUCCCAUCUUUACCCCGGUUACUCAUAUUGCAGCUGAAAAGAUUUUCUACCGCAGCGGGGUCAAUGGAAAAAAUUAAUAAUCAUAUGCCAACACCAUUAACUUUACAAUGCUUCUGCGAAGAAUGUAUCAAUGAGCGUGGAACUACAGGCAGCAGAUCGGAAUCACGACACGUGUACAAAUUGUAUUCUGUAAUCAUGCACCAGGGGGCAACAAUGACAGCUGGUCAUUAUGUUGCUUACACCCGUUUACCUGAUGAAUCUGCGUUUACAGAAUAUUUUCAGUGUGAUCGCGAUUGCAAGCGACAAACUUCUGGUCAGGGUAAUAGUGGCAGCACAAAUACGAAUUCAUCUUCAUCGGACAAAACGUCCGGUAUACUAAAAUAUUUCAGGAGUAAACCAAGUGUUAGUGAAACUAAGGAACAAUUAAUUAGGGUCGGCUGUCGAAGUAUCGAUUGUUGCGGUAUUCGACGUCACAAACAUCCUAGUACUUGGUUGGAAUGUGAUGACGAAGCAGUACAUGCAAUUCCAUUGCGAGAGUUAGAAGAUAAAUUAGCACCAAAUCCGCGAAAUUCCGCCACCCCGUAUCUUUUGUUCUAUCAUCAACAGAUCUCAGUCGAUUUUCUAAGUAUGGUAUUCACUGCUUGUUCGUACCUGGCUCUUGCUGGAGCCGUUUGGGUGUUUUUACGACUGGUCCAGGCAUGUUUUUGGUUACCACGGCAUUUGAAACGACAAAAUCAUAUUGAACUAAUGCUACAAGAUAAGGUCGACAAUUACGAAAAAUACAUAAUGGAAUGCGAAGAAAAGGAGCGAAUUGAACAAGCAAUGCAAGACGAUGUUACUAAGACAGAUCUCGCUCAAACGGAGAAAUGGAAAGAACGAAGAGAAUGCCUGGAAAUGUUGAAGAAAGAAUUAAAUGGCGUUUCCGAUGGUAUCGAGGAUCCAAAUAAGUGGGAUUACUUUCUGGAAGAAGAGGAAACAGAAAAGGAAGAAUCUAUUAUUACAGAAAUUCAGGACGAUGAGGUUUCUAAUGACAGGCAUGAUAAGAUAAACGCAGACCCGAGUACGAUCAAAGAAAAAGUUGAUUUAGAACCAAAGAAGGAUAAAUAAUAUUAUUUCGUACAAAUCUUUAAUAAUAUUUGUAUUGAUGUUGUAGCAGAUAAUUUAACAAAUGUUUUGUGUGUCUUCUAAUAAUAUUAAUAUAUUGAACUGAAAUUAAAGAGAGUACUGGCU